AAACAAUCGAUUAAGAAACUCGUCUCUCUCACCAUGGAGGUAAAAAGAGAAUUUUUACCUCCAUGCUCUCACCUACCUUCCCUGGCAAUUUGAUCAGCAUCUAAAAUUGUACAUCCGAGCUCUUUGAACAUUUCGGCAACUGUACUUUUACCAGAAGCUAUCCCACCAGUUAAACCAAUCAAGAACAUCGUAAAAUUAGUCCAAAGGCACGAACAUGUGUACACUGUUAACAAAGAAUCCAAGUACCUUCUAAUACAAGGAGUGCCAGCAAUCAAGUUAGAGACUGAGCUGAUAGAGUUGUGUUCAAUGUAUGGCAUUAUUCAUGAGUACAGAAUGUUACAAGAUUACCCAGCUGAGGAAUUUACCCAAGUUUACUGGAUAAAAUAUGAACAAAUUAAUGCAGCAAGAUUUGCCAAACGAAAGUUAGAUGACAAGCCAUUCUUUGGUGGUAUCCUUCAUGUUUGCUAUGCUCCAGAGUACGAGACGAUUCAAGACACCAGGGACAAGUUACAUGAGAGAAGUAGAGUGAUUGCACGGAAAACCAGGAAGCAAGGUUCCAUCAAUGAAGUCAAGUCUGAUGGGCAGCAGUUGUCAAGGACUCCACAUCUAGAUGCAACUAACACCACAACAACAUUAGACACAGAAAAUAAGAAAAUGUUACAGUCUGAUUGUCUGCCUGGUCAGCUUUUUAACCAAUCAGUGACACAUACACAUACAUGCCAGUAUCCAGAACUGCAACCAGCACAUUCAAGUACAGGCCAGUAUCCAGAACUACCGCCAGCACAUUCAAGUACAGGCCAGUAUCCAGAACUACCACCAGCACAUUCAAGUACAGGCCAGUAUCCAGAACCACCGCCAGCACAUUCAAGAUCAAAUCACUGUCCUGAAAAUACAGGUCUGUGUACAGAUCUACGAGCACCAGAUUUAGGUACACACCAGUAUCCUGACCUACCAGCUCCACCAAAGGAACAACCUUAUUGGAAAAGACGCCCUAUACCUACUAGAAGCAGUUUCGAUCAUGCCAGAGUACCAUCAGCAAAUGCUACACUGCCUGCAAAUUUUACACCAUUUUUAGAACCAAGACAACAGGAAGCGGAAUUUGUUGGCGCACUGCUCCCUUCAGGGGCAAGAACAAACUCUGAUACACAAUGCUCAUAUGCUGGACAUGCGGCCGGUGUACAAGAUGCCUCAAGGACCAAUAGGAAUCAACCUAGCAUAGAUUAUUCAGGUUCUCAGGCUGAAGUAAUAAAUACUGCAACCUCAACCAAUUGUAGUGCAGACCGACUGCAGUCGGGUGAGGCAGCAGUGCAUGCAAGACCAAUGAUGGUUACAAAACCAAGAUUUGUUCCCAGACAGACUCAUGCUCUCCUGAAAAGAAAACAUAGUACCGAUGAUCGCAAAGAAAGUGAUAUAACGAAUCACUUCAGCACUGGUGAUUCAUCUUUAGACAGAACAGUCAAUGUGAUUAGGAACAGGAUGCAAUCUAUGUCCCGGAUAACCAAUCAAACUACAACUCCUGUCCAGUCAUCAUCUAGCUCUGUGACCAAAAGAAGAAAAAUCUGACUUUACACAGGAUUUAACAUUUACAGUAUUUAUAUAAACAUAUUGAAAUUUGUAUUUUAAUAUCAAAGUAUAUGGAUGUAUUUACCUUCAUUUCACUUAUUAAACCCGAC